UCUUCUAUAAAUAGCAACGAGCCCUAAAAACCUGGCCGGUCUUCGCUGCCCGUUCGUACCCACGCGUGAGGUGGGGAGAGCGCCAUCGAUCCGAACCCUAACCCUGAUCUUCGAGCCUUGUUCUCCUCUUCCAAAAAUCCCUAGCGAUGGAUCUCUCUGAGAAAUCUCGCCAAUCGCUCCUUCCGAGCUUCCUCUACUCCUCAUCGGCCACCAAGACCCUCGGCGUCGAGAGAGUCUUGAGCCGGAACGCUGGAUCGCCGGCGCCUCCGCCGUCAAAUGACGGGGCAUCGCCGGCAUCGUUCCUCAUCCAGGCCCCGAGCGAGCCCGGGAAGAUCGCUAUGUACUCGCCGGCGUUCUACGCCGCCUGCACCGCCGGCGGGAUCGCCAGCUGUGGGCUCACCCACACGGCCGUCACGCCGCUCGAUCUCGUCAAGUGUAACAUGCAGAUUGACCCAGCUAAGUACAAAAACAUCACAUCAGGAUUUGGUGUCUUGCUUAGAGAGCAGGGGUUGAGAGGUUUGUUCAGGGGCUGGGUGCCGACCCUGCUUGGUUACAGUGCCCAGGGGGCAUGCAAAUUUGGGUUCUAUGAGUUCUUCAAGAAGUAUUACUCGGAUAUUGCUGGACCUGAGUAUGCUACCAAGUACAAGACCUUGAUCUACCUUGCUGGGUCUGCUUCUGCAGAAGUGAUUGCUGAUGUUGCUCUCUGCCCAAUGGAGGCAGUUAAGGUGAGAGUCCAGACACAGCCAGGGUUUGCUAGGGGUUUGAGUGAUGGAUUUCCGAAGUUUGUCAGAUCUGAAGGUUAUCUGGGAUUGUAUAAAGGAUUGGUUCCACUUUGGGGGCGUCAGAUUCCUUAUACUAUGAUGAAAUUUGCAUCUUUUGAAACUAUUGUUGAGCUUCUCUACAAAUAUUCAAUUCCCACUCCAAAGGAACAGUGUAGCAAGACACUACAGCUAGGUGUGAGCUUUGCUGGAGGUUACAUCGCUGGAGUCUUCUGUGCUGUCGUCUCACACCCAGCCGACAACCUUGUCUCGUUCCUUAACAAUGCUAAGGGUGCCACCGUUGGGGAUGCUGUGAAGAACCUUGGGCUGUGGGGUCUUUUCACCCGUGGGCUUCCUCUUCGUAUUGUUAUGAUUGGCACACUGACUGGAGCACAAUGGGGAAUUUAUGAUGCAUUCAAAGUCGCGGUUGGCCUGCCAACCACAGGUGGAGUUGCCCCCGCCCCAGAGCUCGCCCAGCUGAAAGCUGGUGCAUGAUUUUCUACAGACAUUAAAUAACAGAUUUGCGACAUUAUUUUGUCCAUUUUGGACGGCAGUGUAAUAUUUGUCUUGAAGCAAGACAUUGUUUGUUUUGAUAUUUUUGGGGAUGGUUUUGAUUGCGCAUCCCUUUGGCCUGCGAGACUCAUUGGACAGGUGAAGAUAGAAUUUGGCAUGAUAGCAACUGAAAGGCUAUUGAGAAAUAAAUCUCUUUUGUACUUUGGCUCAGCCAUUAUCCUCCAAAUUUCAGGAAGGAUUUCAUGGUAAUUUCAUUCCUUGUAAUUGUUGUUA